CCUGUGUGGCAGCUGUUGCAUGCAUAGUCCUUCAAAACAAUUUUCUUGUUGACUAAACAACCUGAUUCGAUCGAACUUGACAUCAAAAAUGGUAUUUGCGUUUGAACAUGAGUUUUAUAUAUGAAGUAGAAGUUGAAAUUUGAAAAUUUAUGAAUGCAAUUACUAUUUCACUUAAAAUACUCUUUAACAUACGUUUUAAUAUUUCAUCAGUAUAAAGGUACUGAAGUUUGUAUCACGUAUUAUUUACAGAGGGCCAUUUUAUAGUAGUAUUAUUUAUAAAUAGACCUUGCAUAAUCAAUAGCGAGGUCCUAACAGUAAAUCGUCGUAGCUUGGGACGAGAAAUCUUGAAAGAGAUAUUGUUGAAACAUCACCACCCAUAUUCUUCCUAUGCCACAUACCAUUGAAAAAUUUAGUCAAAAGAAGCUUUUUCUAUUUCUUUUUUUAAAACAAUUAAUAAGCCAAACUUGUAUGUACUGUGUAAAACUUCAGUUUAGAAUCAAGAAAAACUUUCAUGGUAUAUCUAUUUACCAUGAAAAAUGCCGUCAAACCAUCUUUGCAAAACCAUGCAGACAUUGCUAACUUCUAUGCAGUCCAACUCCAACUUCUUUGCCGGCGGCAUAAGCACGCCACUUCAGUGUCUGCUCUUGUCCGAUCAGUCCAUGCCAACAUGAUCACCUCCGGAUUCAGACCACGUAGCCACAUGCUUAAUCGCUUAAUCGAUAUCUAUUCCAAAUAUUCCAGUCUUGUUUAUGCAAAGCGCCUGUUCGAUAAAAUUCCCCAACCAGAUGUCGUGGCCAGAACAACUAUGAUUGCUGCAUACUCUGCUUCCGGAGAACCCAAGCUUGCAAGAAGCGUUUUUGACAAAACCCCAUUAAGCAUCCGUGAUACUGUUUGUUACAAUGCGAUGAUUACAGCCUAUUCACACAACAAUGACGGCCAUGCUGCUAUAGAAUUAUUUCUUGAUAUGAGGUGGAAAAGUUUUCGGCCCGAUGAGUAUACCUACACCUCCGUACUUGCAGCAUUGGCCCUUAUAGCUGAUCAUGAAAUGCACUGCCGGCAGCUGCAGUGUGCUGUCGUGAAGUCAGGCAUGGCUAACUUUAAGUGUGUUGUCAAUGCACUUAUAUCUGUUUAUGUCAGAUGUGCUUCGUCACCCCUAGCAUCGUCCUUGCUGUUGAUGGAUGCAGCUAGCAAGCUGUUUUACGAGAUGCCAGAGCGGGAUGACUUGUCUUGGACUACGAUUAUCACAGGGUAUGUGAAGAAUGAUGAUCUUGAUGCUGCUCGAAAGGUGUUUGAUGGUAUGGAUGAGAAGUUGCUUGUGGCAUGGAAUGCCAUGAUCUCUGGAUAUGUGCAUAAAGGUCUCUUCUUUGAAGCAUUAGACAUGUUUAGGAAAAUGUAUUUAGCAGGGAUGAAGCCAGAUGAGUUUACCUGCACUAGUAUCCUCAGUGCUUGCGCAGAUGCGGGAUUGUUUCUUCUAGGAAAGCAGGUACAUGCUUAUGUUAGACGAACAGAAGAGGAAAUUCACGUGUCUGUAUGCAAUGCUUUAAUAACAUUAUAUUGGAAAUGUGGUAGAGUUGAUGAUGCAAGAAAAGUUUUUGAUAAUCUACUCUUUAAGGACCUUGUUUCAUGGAAUGCAGUUCUAUCAGCAUAUGUGAGUGCAGGACGGAUUAACGAAGCUAAGUUAUUUUUCAAUGAGAUGCCAGAGAAGAAUUCCCUGGCAUGGACAGUAAUGAUAUCAGGAUUAGCACAAAAUGGACUUGGAGAAGAUGCUCUCAAACUGUUCAACCAAAUGAGAGUAAAGGGGAUCGAGCUGUGUGACUAUGCAUUUGCAGGAGCUAUUACAUCUUGUGCAGUGCUUGGAGCGCUAGAUACAGGAUGCCAGCUCCAUGCCCUGCUAAUUCAGCGUGGUUAUGAUUCAAGUCUUUCAGCUGGAAACGCGUUAGUAACAUUUUAUGGAAGAUCUGGGGUCAUUGAAGCUGCACGUAAUGUGUUUCUCACAAUGCCUUGUGUAGAUUUGGUGUCCUGGAAUGCAUUGGUUGCUGCCUUGGGACAGCAUGGAUAUGGUGUUGAAGCGGUUGAACUUUUUGAACAGAUGUUACAUGAAAAUAUAACGCCUGAUAGGAUAAGCUUUCUCACGGUUAUAUCUGCUUGUAGUCAUGCAGGAUUGGUUGAAAAAGGACGACACUACUUUAAUAUAAUGCACAGUGUUUAUAAAAUAAAACCAGGAGAAGAUCACUAUGCCCGUUUAAUCGAUUUGUUAUCUCGAGUUGGAAGGUUAUUAGAAGCAAAAGAAGUGAUCCAGAAUAUGCCUUAUAAACCUGGAGCACCUAUUUGGGAAGCUCUUCUUGCUGGUUGCCGCACUCAUAAGAACGUGGAUUUGGGGGUUGAAGCAGCUGAAAAACUCUUUGAGUUGACGCCACAACAUGAUGGAACAUACAUACUUCUGGCUAACACAUUUGCUGCUGCAGGCCGAUGGGAUGAGGCUGCUAAGGUGCGAAAACUUAUGAGAGAUCAAGGGGUAAAAAAAGAGCCUGGAUGUAGUUGGAUUAAAGUUGAGAAUACCGUUCAUGUCUUUUUGGUGGGUGAUACUGCACAUCCUGAAAUUCAAGUAGUGUACAACUACCUGGAGGAAUUAAGGCUGAAGAUGAGGAAAAUGGGAUAUGUUCCAGACACGCAAUAUGUGUUGCAUGAUAUGGAGACUGAGCAAAAGGAGUAUGCGCUAUCAACUCAUAGUGAAAAGCUGGCGGUUGUAUUUGGGAUCUUGAAGCUUCCUCGUGGAGCCACAAUUAGGGUCUUCAAGAACCUUCGGAUUUGUGGUGACUGCCACAGUGCACUCAAGUUCAUGUCGAAGGUUGAAGCAAGAGAAAUCAUCGUCAGAGAUGGAAAUAGGUUUCAUCAUUUCAGAGAUGGUGAAUGCUCAUGUGGGAAUUACUGGUGAGAUAUUGGAUAACAAUUAGUGUCAACUAUUGAGUGUCUUGGUUUCAGAGAUUUGAAGACGUCGUUCUUGAACCGAUUGUGUUGCCAGGGAAAAGUUACAGCACCUUUGGACAGUAAAUGUUAAGACUUAAAAGCUAGAAUAGGAAUAAGCUGCUAUCUUGUUUGUCUUUGGCAUUUUGAAUACAGAUCUGCAUGGCGAAUGUUUCUGGUUUGUGGCUUCCGGUUUAGUGAAUGCUCAUUGGUACCUUCUACAUACUUAAGGUAUAAUUAAUUAAUGAAAUCAAGAUCGCAUAUACCUUAUAGUUAUACACAACUGAGUGA